CCCGUGGCCUGAGCCUACAAGAUGCCAAGAGAAGAGGCUCACUUCUUCUAUGGUUCCCCCCGGAAAGGGCACAGCCACUCUUAUGUCACGGCUGAAGAGGCUGCAGGGAUUGGCAUCCUGACAGUGAUUCUGGGAAUUCUACUACUUCUCAGCUGCUGGUACUGCAGAAGACGAAGUGGAUACCGAAGCUUGAAGGACAAAAACAUUCAUGCUGGUACUCAAAGUACCCUGACAGGAGGAUGUUCACAUGAGGGGCUUGGUCAACAGGACAGCAAAUUGCCUUUUCAAGAGAACAAGGGUAAACCUGUGAUUCCCAAUGCUCCACCUGCUUAUGAGAAACUGUCCGCAGAACAGUCACCACCACCUUAUUCUCCAUGAGAGCCAGUGAGGCCUUGAGAUGUGCUGAAAUGAUUUCCCUUAUGCUUUUGCUUGAAUUUGAUGUGGGCAUGCAAUGUUCUGCUUCAGAAUGCUGUAGAAACAGUGUACAUUAUCUCUAAUAAUAAGCUGAGUGUCAAAUUCUUUGUAAGGCAACUAGCAAUACUGAUUGAGGAAAUGAUGAGAAAUACUAAAAUGGGAAAAGCUUUGUCAAUAAACAUUGUAAUGGAUGAUA